AUGGUUCACAAAGUGCUCUUCUGGAGCGGCUUCGGCAUUGCCGUCCGCCUCUGGCAACUCGGUAUCGAGAUGCGUCCUAUCCUCGCCAAGGAGUCCCUCUGGGUCUACCCUCUUUUCGCCGGUGUCGGUGGAAGCUUCGGCUACUGGAUGCAGGGAGUUGAGAGCAGGCAAUUGAAGAUGCUGGCACAGCGCCGCGAGGCCAUUCUGGAGAAGCGUCGGAGACGGGAUGAGAAGGCUGAGGGUGGUAUUCUGGCUGCUUCAUCAUAA